UGGAAAAGUCGCAAAGUAAAUCCAGUUUAUUCUUGAUCCUAGUUAUUUGGGGCAUUUAUCUGGGAGAUUCCAUGCCUCUGGAGAAAGUGGACUCUCAGGAGGCUUGUAAUAAGAAAUUCCAGAACCCCGAGGCACUGGGAAACUACACCGAAGGUGACAUGAUCCUUCCAAUAGGCUUCUGGAAUGCCCGCAAUGGCAUUUUGGAUCCUAAAUACCGCUGGACAAGAGGCGUAGUUCCCUACGUAAUCGAAAAACAAUUUUUAACGAACAAAGAGUUGGCAACAAUCUACAAUGCAUUUGAGGAAUACGAAAAAUGGACCUGCGUUCGUUUUAAGCUCAGAACCACCGAGGAAGAUUACAUAUCGAUUGUAAAAAGUAAUGAAGUAUGUUCUAGCUAUGUUGGGCGCAAGGGUGGCCGUCAGGAGGUAAAACUGAAGUCGGAGUGCCUGACUAAAAUCGGAACACCGAUCCACGAGCUGAUGCAUGCCUUGGGAUUCUUCCACGAGCAUAGUCGCCCCGACCGCGAUUUGUAUGUCAGAAUAAAUAGUGCUAUUGCUAAAGGCCUACCGUGGAAAAACUUUGAAAAGAUCGGUUUACCAUGGGCAACCACGUUCGGCGAGGAGUACGACUAUACCAGUGUAAUGCACUACGAUAGCUACACAUUGAUUGCAUUGCGCGAUACUUUCGAUGCCAAAAAGAUGGGUCAAAGAGACGGUUUUUCCCCCGCAGAUGUGCGCAAGAUCAACGCCAUGUACAAUUGCAAGGUUAAAUGAAAAUGACAUGCUCUUGAUUUGUUACUCAAAAAUUGUAUAUUCAUGUAUAACUGUAUGGAUCAUUUAAUGCUCUAAAUAAAAUUCAAAAUAUUACAAAUACA